GCGUAGCUGCGCCACGAUCAACGAGAAGGUAACUGGAUGUUUUCACCACCCACGACCAAAUUCACCACUCCACUUCACUGUCAUUGCGAUGGAAGGUGGAGUGUUUUUGUGAGGACUUUUUCCUGCUUGAAAAUAAUGCAAAAAGUGCUCUUAUUUACCCAAAUCACCCACAAUUGGUGUCCAAAUGUGUUUAAUUGUGCAUCUGGUGGAAUAAGUAGACUGACUAGCGAGCAUUUGUCGCGAAAUCUGUGAAGACUUUUUUCUUCUUUGCUGUGCUGCCUUCCAUUUCUCACACCAGUUUUCUCUCCGUCUCGCGUUGAGUGUGUGUAUGCUUUUUGUCGCAGUGGCUCCAGUCUUCUGGGCUGCUGCUGCUAAUUCCACAUCUUGUGUGCUAUCAAUUAGCCAGGCACUUUUCGUGCAUUGUGCGCUGUGGGGCGAGGAGAGAGUGCAUCUCACUUGUGUCCUCGCAGCCACCAUUUGCCCCGCGCCGGAAGGGCGCGCUCGCGGAGGCCGACUCUCCGCCGACCGCUCCGACGACGCGUCCGUGGGAGUGCCCCAGAGUGGUCCUUGCGUGAAACCCAGUGACUUGUGAUCCUCCCCGGAUGGGGAGCAGAGUGCCAGACAAAUGGUGUGAGUGAGAAGCCAAUCAGGAUUACACAAGCAAUAAAGCCCAUGGAUAACUUAUCGACGCCGCCACACGAGAGCAAACCACCGCCGCCGCCAGCCGCGCAUCGUGUCCAAGCGGGAAACGGCUCAGCGGCCGCAGGCCAGAUGAAUGGCGCCGGACCAAGACGACCGCAGACACUCGUGUCGCCGCUGGAGCAGCAGAAGUUCAUCGUGCCCGCACAGUCGCUCACGCUGGUGAUACACAAGGACUCCAAUGGCUAUGGCAUGAAGGUAUCUGGAGAUAAUCCUGUGUUUGUGGAGAGCGUAAAACCAAAUGGAGCUGCUCAGAAGGCGGGACUCAUAGCGUCGGAUAUGAUAUUGAAGGUCAAUGGAACACCGGUUCGAUAUUCAACUCACACGGAUGUCGUUAAGUUAAUUAAAUCAUCUGCCACUGUUGAGUUAACUAUUCAGAGAGGAAACAAAAUGCAGCGCCCGUCGAGUAUAUCCGUAGGACCAUCGACGCCUCUGGCCCAGCGUGGCGGCAUCACAGCCCCAAUUCCCGUGGACCAACACAAGAUGCGCGAAAUGGAGUUCUCGAAAAUGCAAACGCUGCGUCUCAUGCUAGAACAGGAGAAGAAGACCUACGACUCACUGGUGGCGGCCAGCAAUAGUGGCGGAAGCAAUAGGCAAGAGAUGGCGCGUUCUGAGGCGAACAUUCGCAAGCUGCAAGAGCAAUUGCGCCAAGUGUGUGGAGAGGAUAUGAACUUGCUGCUCUCACAUCCUGUCCCAGUCACUUUUCCAGCAGCAAUAGUGUCGCCGCCACAGCAGCAGCAGCCAUCUACGCCGGCAUUCCUGUCGCUCUUCCCGCGCUCGCUCUCAUCUCUGAGCCUGGGCACGUGGAAGAAGCCCAUGGAUCGGGUGAAUCCUGGGCUGGCGCCAAAUAUUCUCAUGAGCAUCAAUUCGGAGUUCACGCCGCAUCACACGCCGCUAUUGUCGCGCCAGAACACAUCCGCGGCGGCGACGGCGAAGAAGUUGAAUGUGGAGGUGAAGAGUCCACAGAAGGGUGACAUUCCGCCGCCGCUGCCGCAGAGGAAUGCGCCGCGACGCAUGGCGGACGCCAAUGGGGCGUCCGCCGGCAGUCCGCUGCAGGUGUCGGAUUUGGAUCAUUCCUCUAGUGGCGGCGGCUCGACGCCCACGCACAGUGCCGCGCCGUCAGGAAAGAGCAAGAAGCGCACAAAGGCGAAGAUAAAGGCACUGUCGGAUCCGAAGAUGAGUUCGCAGAUGCUGCUCGAGGCGGAGAGGGUGACGUGCAGUCCGCCGCCGUUGCCGCCGCGUCAGGGUGUGGAUGAGCAGCAAUUGAAUAAGUUGAACAACAAUAGGCCGCUGCCGAAUAGCAUUGAGACAGUGCUGAAUUAUCCCUUAAUAGCGACAUGUACACCAGUUAGGGACAAUCUGUCCGCUUUUCCACUCUCACACCGACCAAAUAUUGUACAGCAACUGCAGCAGCAACAUCAGCUGACUAGCAAUUUCCAGCACCAUCAUCACCAUCACCAAAAUCUACUAUCUUCUGCUAAUAAACCUACUGCUCUCGGUUUGACUCCACAGCAGUUGAACCAGUUGAGUGGGAAGCAUAGACGUGUGAUCUCAUCUCCUGAGCAUGUUCAUCCCAGGGAUUCCGAGCACAGUGAUCAGCGCAUGAACAAGUCUGCGACGGGAUCGUGGGAUUUGAUGGAGAAGGACAACGAGAGAACACCACCGGGAACCCCUCCGCCGCCGUACUUAUCGCCUGGCAAUCAGGCCAGUGGCCAGAGUCAGCGCGAGGAGGCGGAUGCCACGGAUGCCCAGCGCCGUGGCAGUCCAGUGACAUCGCCGACAUUCCAUCAGAAGACGCCAAUUUCUGCCGCCCAGGCGAAUGUCCUGCAGAAGCCCAUCAUUUCGAUGGAGGACGACGAGAUUUCCGAUCAGGAGGGCUUCAUUGAGGAGCACGGACCGUUCAGGUCGCUGUCGCAGCUGCUGGAGCAGGAGAAUUCAUCCUAUUUAGCGGUAUUUCUCAACUUUGUCAUGUCCAAUUCCAAUCCGGCGCCGCUGCUCUUCUACCUCAUCACGGGACUGUAUAAGGAGGGCAAUGUGAAGGAUAUGCGCAAGUGGGCGUACGAAAUACACUCCACCUUCCUCGUGCCGCAAGCACCACUUUUGUGGGCCACGGUGGAUGAAUCGCUGGCGCGCGAGGUGGACGAUGUGCUGCAGAAGGAGUACGACAAGGGGGAGAUUCUGCGGAAGAUCUUCUGGAAGAGUCGCAUCAAGGCGAAGGACUUCAUCAACACACAACUGCAGGAGUUCCAAGUGAAGCGUACCGCCGGCUUGGGCACAAUUUAUGGGCCCAGUGAUCAGCAGCUGCAAGAGGCCAAGGGUGACAAGACCAAAGAGCAACGCAUUGUCGAGGAGACACUCAUUCCAAAAUUGCAGCAACUCGUUGAUGAAUUGGAUCGUGAGGCGCCGAAUGAAUGCCCCAAGAAGUCAGCCCUGUGUUCAGCUUUGUCGACAGUUCUGCAUCGGAUCUUCGUGACACGCUCCAAUCCAAAUAGUCCCAUUGACAAGGUUCAUCAUUUUGUCAGUCGCGAGAAGAGUUUCAAAUCGCGAUUGAUGGGCAAAAAUAGGAAGGCCCUUGUUCUUGGACACCUUCUAGUAUUACGUCAGUAUUAUGAGGUGACGCACUGCAAUCACUGUCAGAACAUCAUCUGGGGCGUGAGUCCGCAAGGCUAUCAUUGCACGCACUGCGAGCUGAACAUCCAUCGUGCGUGCUCGCGCAUCCUCGAGGAGCACUGUCCCGGACCGGCGCCGCAGAAGCGCAAGGAAGCGCACAAUGACAACAAGAUAAGCAAACUCAUGGGAAAGAUCCGUCCUGCGCAUCACUUUAUACCGAGUGAUCGAUCGCGUCGUCAGGACGAUGAGAGUGGCGCUGAAGACACCUUCUGUAUGGAUCGCCCAUUGACCACAUCAGUGACUCGUCAGCCAUCUGACAGACGUCCGGACAGCAGUGGCAGUUCGCAUUAUCACCAUGGAAGUGCUGGCAGUGCCUCUGGCGGAGCUUCAGUGGAUUUCCAGUCGACCUCUGUCGCGGAAGCCGGUGAAUCUGGCGCGCCUGUUGCCGAUCGACCCAGUCAUGAAAGUUCCAAGUCCAAAUCGGCUCCAGUGUCGGUGAAUCGAUCGGAAUCCUACAAAGAGAGAUUAUCACACAAGCGGAAUCGAACAAAUCGGAGGAAGACGUCUGAUCCAAGCUUAACAAAAACCAACAAUGAUCAACAAGUGGAAUUGGGACUUACAAACACCGAAUAUCCAGCCAGUUCGAGCUCUAGUCUGUCUUCCAAUAGUUUAGAUAGUCCUAGUAUAUCGUUUGAGGCGGUUGGAGCUUCGACUGCUGGUGCUGCGUCGCAUCAUGCCGUCUCGGCGCGGCAAUGGGUGGAGAGUGACGAUGAGGCUGCAGGAGAUUUGGAGACUGAUUGGAGCUCGAAUGUCGCGGCCGACAUUCUUCAGAAUCUAUCGGAUGCUGAGAAGAAACGCCAGGAGAUUAUAAAUGAAAUUUACCAGACAGAGAAGAAUCAUGUGAGGACGCUGAGGCUGCUGGAGGGCAUCUUUAUGCAACCGCUGCAGGAAUCGGGCGUGCUGAAUGCUGAACAUCUGAAUCUGCUGUUCCCUCCGGCUUUGCUGACACUCAAGGAUCUUCAUAGUUCUUUUGAGAUGCAACUGAAGCAGCGUCGAAUCGAUUCUGUGUCACUGGUUGGUGAUAUUGGUGAUUUGCUGUUGGCCAUGUUUGACGGUAAAUCCGGGGAGGAUCUCAAGGAUAAUGCGGCACAGUUCUGUGCCAGGCAGCAGAUUGCACUGGAGGCGCUGAAGGAGAAGCGUCGCAAGGAUGAAAAUCUCCAAAGAUUACUCACCAAAGCGGAGGCACAUAAAGCGUGUCGACGUCUUCAGUUGAAGGAUCUCCUGCCGACGGCUCUGCAGCGUCUCACCAAGUAUCCACUGUUGUUUGAGAGCCUCUUCAAGAUCACAGUGCGCGUGACACCGGACAACAUCGCCGAGGCGGAGGCAAUCCAGAAGGCUCUAGACAAUUCCCGUGACAUUCUCAAUCAUGUCAAUCAGGCUGUGCGGGUGGCAGAAGAUGCCCACAAAUUGCAAACCAUCCAGAAGAAAUUGGACAAAGCAACCGUCGAUAAGGAUAUUGGAAGUGAGAUUAAGUAUUUGAUGCAAAAUCUCGACUUGACUCAUCACAAGUUAGUUCACGAUGGACUGUUGAUCAUGAAGAAGAGUCCAACAACGCAACUGCAUGGUUUGCUGUUCGAAGACAUAAUGGUGUUGCUGCAGAAGCAAGAUGAUCGCUAUGUGCUGAAGGUGUUGCCAAAUCCAGGAGCGGGAAGUUCUGAGAACAAGAGCAAGGAAUCUGUCUUCUAUCCCAUCAUCAAGGUGAAUUUGAUGCUGGUGCGUCAGUCGGCUGUGGACAAGACCACCUUCUUCCUCAUCAACACGAGCCUCUCGCAAAUGUUGGAAUUGACAACGCCCAGCAGCUCAGAGUGCAAAGGGUGGUUCAAACACAUCUCCGAUGCCGCUGAGGCGUACAAGGCGAGAACACGCGGCAGUCAUGACAUAAAUCCAGACUCGGCGGGCGGAGGAUCGAAGGAGAAGGACUCCUUCGAGAUGACGCCGGAGCGCACAGAUUUGCCCGCUUUGAGUGAUGACAGGCGCAAGUCGCAGAAGCACCAGCAGAAGCUGGAGGAAGAUGGACGGCGGGAGAAGCUUAAGAAAGACAGCGAGGAGAGUCGAGAGUCGGCGAAUGAUGAGGAUGAAGGCGUCGAUGAGGAGGAGGAUGAGGAGCGGGAUGAAGAGGAGAACAAGAGAGCUGAGGAAGAGGAUGUGACGAAGCAGAAGUUCAACGGUUUGUCCAACUCUUGCAACACACGCACGCUCACGCAGCAGUGCUCACUGGUGGCGCCCAGCGAAGUGCAGGUCACCGUCAGUCCCUUCCUCACAGCCGAGCCCGUUCUCACGCCAUCCGAACGCCUGCGACGAUUGGAUGAAUCCAUCAAGAGCAUGCUGGCGGAGAAGCAACAGAUUGUUUGCGACAUGUUCCGAAUGCCAGUGGAGCACUUCUCGGCAAUUGCUGACAUCGCUGGCCAACCGGAGGCGCCAAAGGCUGUCUCAUUUCAGGAUCCCAGUGAUUUGGUGUUGGCGGCAUUUGCACAGGUGCAGUCACUCACGGAGGCUCUCAAUGACUACACGCGCGUGAGUCAGAUACAAGAGAUCAGCGCCGUGUCUAUGUCACUCUGUGAUGACUGCCACAGGAAGUCCGAGCGCCGGGCGCAUCCUGUGCUGCAGCGCGAGGACUCUGUGCACGAGGAUGAGGAUGGCUAUUGUGAGAUUGUCGAGCUGCGCUCUGUGGCGCCGCCAGUGCGUGCCGCCGUGGAUCAGCUGAAGAGGCGCAGCACGAAUUCCAUUCCCGAGGAGACAGAAUCUGAGAUGCAGUCGGAGGCGCAGCAGAGUCGCAUUGAGGUGAAUGAGGCGUACGUGGGCGCCGGCGAGGAUUCCAGGAAGUCCGCUGAGCGGGAGAAGGCCGAAGAGGCGCCGGUGGCGGCAACUGACUUCUGUGGCCAGAGCAGGCUUCUGCACACCAACUCUCUGGCGCCGGCCGUUCCCUGUCACCUCAUUUCCAGCCACACAACUUCCCUCAAUGCUCUCGUCUCCCAACUUUUGCCAAAACUGAAUGAGCGCGACGUGGAAAGAGAGAUGCUGCGUCGGGAGAAUCAACACUUGCGUGAACUCAUCAAUUCGAUGCACGAGCGAGAGCGUGUUUUAGUUACAGAGGAAACACCGCCGAAGGACGUUGAUGACGCUAAGAGGUCUCAUGCUGACGGUCCACGUGGAGGAUGUUAAGCAGCAAAUACUGCACAGAAUUGCCCGCAAUGUUUGAUGUGAAUAUGUUUAGUUUUUUUUGAUUUCCCUUUCGGAAGCACACUUUGCCAACUGCAUUUUGGGAGGGAAAAUUGCUGGUUGAAAAAAACAAAUUUGAGUUUGCAAUAGCAUUAAAAAAAAAUAGAGCAAAAUAGAAGAAUAAAUAUUGAUAGAAUUAAUAGUUAAAUGUUUUAUGGAGAAUUUGACGUGUCACCGUAAAGUGUUGUAAUUGCAAUAGAUAAAAAGAGAAGAGAAGAAAAUAUGAGAAGGAAAAGAAGCAGUUUAUUCCGAAAGAAAUAUCAAUUGAUGUUGAAUAUCUGUUGUAUUGUAUGCAUAAAAGAGAGUCAAAAAGAUUUAAGAAUUACCGAGAGGGAGAAAAUAGUUGAAGAAAUAGUUGCUGAACACAAAAUCAUCAAACGUCUCCCAUUUAUUCACACCAUUCAUUCAAGUCUGUAAUCGUUAUAAUGGUGAAAAGUCACAAUUGUCGUGCAUUUUUAAGACAAGCGAAAUUAAUGCAAUUCUCAUGAAACAUUGCGCAUAAUUGGCAAUUUCUUGCAGAUACGAAGGAGAGCAGUAAAAUCUUAAAUAUAUAACAACCAUAAUAAUAUUAAAAUAACGUAAUGUUUGGAAGAGAAAAUCAUAAUUUUUUUUUUAAUAAACUAAGAACAGUGAAGAUAAUUUUUUGACAAAUGUAUUUCAAUUGAUGCCUUAUUUAUUUGCAUGUUUAGAAAUUUUUACACGAGAAAAAAAAUGAAUUGGCAUUAAAGAAUAAGUCGAAGUAAAAUUGAUGAAUGAACUAAUUUUUAAUCAUUGCAUAAAUUUUUUCUAUAUAUUGGAUGACAUGAAAAGGCCUAAAAAAAAGAGCACCCAUUUUUGGGAACAGCUAAUAAAAGAAUUGGAGAAAGAAAAAAAA